ACAAACAUAGCGCAUUAGCGCACAGGCCGGGAAGGUGGGGCAGUUGGAGCGCUUCCGGCCCCGGUGUGUCACUGCUGCGGAGUAAACAGGUUCGGAUUCCACUCGGCAGGCAGCGGCAGGGGCUCAGGGCUGCAGCCCAUUCACGGACUCUCAGCACCUGUCUACCUGGCCCGCUGUAUCUCACUGCUGCCCAAGACCCGCGCUGGUCGCCAUUCACAUAUUGGAGACUCUACUGUUGGCAACUGCCAGGCACCAAGCAGUCGAAUCUCUGUGCAAGAGCUGGUGACUUACCAGCUGCCCAACUUGAGGAUUUAUUGGCCUAAGAAAAUAAAGGAAACUCCACAAAAGAAUCAGAGCCAUGACUGGCUGAUCUAGAACACACACACCCUGGGCAGCAGGUAAUUUCAUGCUCUUAAAAUGGGGCCUAAAGUGGUCGUAUUCGACAUUUCUGUCAUCAGAGCCUUGUGGGAAACUCGUGUCAAGAAGCACAAAGCCUGGCAGAAGCAGGAGGCAGAAAGGCUCGAGAAAAGCGCAUUGGAAAAGAUAAAGGAGGAGUGGAGCUUUGUGGCCGAGUGCAGAAGGAAGGGCAUCCCCCAGGCUGUGUACUGCAAGAAUGGCUUCAUAGACACCAGCGUGAGGCUUCUGGACAAGAUUGAAAGGAACUCCCUCGCAAAGCAGAGUACAGUUUCCAAGGAGAGAGACAAACGGAGCAGUGAGUUUGUGUUUGAACUUACGGGGGAGCACUGGAAGGAGCUCCCAGAUUCCUUGAAGGAGCAGACGCACCUGAAAGAAUGGCACAUAAGCAAUACCCUGAUUCAGAUCAUUCCUAAGUAUAUCGAGCUGUUUCAAGCCAUGAGGAUUCUGGAUCUGCCAAAAAACCAAAUCUCCUGUCUUCCAGCUGAAAUUGGUCGUUUGAAGAACCUGAAGGAACUCAAUGUACGUUUCAACCGUCUGAAGAGCAUUCCUCCAGAACUGGGAGACUGUGAAAAUCUAGAGAAACUGGAUUGUUUUGGAAAUCUAGAAUUAACUGAGCUCCCCUUUGAAUUAAGUAAUUUGAAGCAAGUUUCGUUCAUAGAUAUCUCAGCAAACAAGUUUUCCAGUGUCCCGAUCUGUGUCCUGCGGAUGUCUAAUUUGCAGUGGUUGGAUAUCAGCAACAAUAACCUGAAUGACCUGCCACAAGACAUAGACAGGCUACAAGAACUGCAGACCUUGCUCCUGUAUAAGAACAAGCUGACCUAUCUUCCCUUUGCCUUGCUUAACUUAAAGAAGCUCACCUUGUUAGUCGUCAGCGGGGACCACUUGGUGGAGCUCCCGACAGCCCUUUGGGACUCAUCCACACCUUUAAAAUUUGUAAGUCUUAUGGACAAUCCUAUUGAGAAUACCCAGUGUCAAGAUGGUAAUGAAACGAUGGAAAGUGAACAAGAUCGCCAACAUUUUGAUAAAGAAUUUAUGAAAGCCUAUAUUGAAGAUCUUAAAGAAAGAGAAUCUCUUCCCAGCUACACCACUAAAGUAUCUUUCAGCCUUCAGCUUUGAUGCCAUCCAUCAGAAGACUACAGAAUUUUCCUGACCUGUGGAGCUGUAAAUCUUCCUGUUGUGGGUCAUGUCAUAGAGGAAUAAUGGCUUGUGCUUAAAGACAAAGUCUAGAAACCAUGGUCAUAGUUGUUAGGAAAGAUGAUUUUCAAAUUUCAAAUAUGUGAGUACCUCUCUCUGUGGACUGGAGAAUUGAUAAAUGGGUUUAUAUAUUGAUAUUUAAAGGUUCAUUUGCAUACACUUGUUUCCAAAUAAUGCACAUUCAAUAUUUUAGAAAAUGUGUUAUUUUUAAAAAAUUAUCACUUAAAGACCAAAUUUUGAAGUUGAUUGCAUUGUUUUCAGGAAUCUGGAGAUAAAGGGAUGGUGAGAAGAAUAUUUAUACUGGACUAGUCAGAUGAGACUUUAUUUUAUUUUGUUAUUUUGAAAGAGUUUUAAUGCAUUAUUUCUUUUACUGAGGACAGUUUUCCUUGGGUUUAUACAAAUGGCUAUUUUCAUGUUUUAAGUUAUAUUUUACAAGUGUAGGCUUUUAGGAAAGACUUUAGGUAUAAUCUGGACCUUGAAGGCAGAAAGAAGGGCUGGAUUGUCUGUCCAGGCAUGGGGCUUAGAUGGUGUGCUGGUGGCCCUAGUGGAGUAAGUGUGGGCCUGGCUGGUCCUGGGAAGCCUUGCGUGGCCUGCAUGGGUGGUCAGCCUGCCUUGAGUGGGCCUGGCUGGUCCUGGGAAGCCUUGCAUGGCCUGCAUGGGUGGUCAGCCUGCCUUGAGUGGGCCCUUUGGGGGUCCUGGGAGGCCUUGCGUGGCCUGCAUGGAUGGUCAGCCUGCCUUGAGUGGGCCCCUUGGGGGUCCUGGGGUGCCUGCCAGAGCACAGAGCAGAGGCCUUGCCUCCAGGGACCUGUCCUCCAAGGUGGCCAUAUAAGUAGUGGGAAUCACUAGUCCACACUGAUGAGGAGUUCCUAGCAAGGCUUCCCUGCAGGUAGCACAGGUGAACUCUGCCUGUGGCCAAGACGCUGCGGUCCAGAGGGAGCUCAGGAGACUGGGUUUACAUUGGCAAAGAAGGUAUUCAUUACAGGGCUUUGAACUUUGAUAUCACAUUGUAGGAUUUGGAGAAAUUGUACAAAUAUCUAUUUUUAUUCUAUUAUCUUGGGCUAAAAUAAACAGGAUUGUGAAUGUGUUGAAGCUAAGUUUAAACAAGUAGCUUUUGUGACUAAGACGGAAAAAAUGCAUAUCUUCACAUAUAUUUAUAUAUGAUUCGACUCCUAUAUGGUCUAGCCCAGUGCUGUCCAGUAGAACUUUAUGCAGUGAAGGAAAUGUUCUGCAUCUGUGCUGUCUAAUUUAGUAACCACCAGAUGCAUGUGCUUCUUGAGCUCUUGAACAGUGUCUGGUGUGACUGAAGAACUAAAUUUUUAAUUACAUUUAAAUUUAAAUAGCCAAAUGUAGCUACCAUAUUGUACAACAGGGUCGAGCCAUUUGGGUUUUUCAGAAGUUAAUCUGGUCUAGAAAUGAAGAGUGAUUUUCAUUUUCUUAUCUGAAGAACCAGUCUACCCCCAGAGGGGUUAAUACUGACACCCAAUAUUUUGUCUUAAUAGGUUUAAUCAUAACUCUAAAUAUUUUAUCCUCAACAGACAUAAAGCAGGCAGAACAGUCUAAAGCCACAUAGUAAUGCUUCAGUAGAGUACUGCAUCAACUUAAAGACAAACUCUGAGAAGUAGGUUAAGAGAUGGAAAGAGUAAGAAAAUGAGAAAUCACUUUAACUGAACCUCAAACAAUUGUAUUUUUCUUUAUAACACUUUACAAAUAUAAUGCAGAUUUAUUAGUUGUACUACGUGAAUGAUUUUGGAAUUUUAUUUCAUGCUACAGUAUAUGUUACAUACAGCCAAAUGGAAAAUAUAUCUGAAAAGGGAGGAAAUGAGGGCUUUCGCAUAAAUUGACUGUCCAUAACUCAUGUAAAAUUUAUUUCAAUAAAACCAGUCUUUUGUGCAAAAACCUUAUCUCGAUGUUACAUAAAAAUAACUGAAAAAGUACUACAUUGAUAUAUAAUUAUUUCAUGUUACAUAACAUCCCCAAAGAAAUAUAUUUUUAAAAUAUGAGGCUUGUAGAAAUACUAUUUACCUUAUUCAUAUUAAUGUAAAAACGCAGAAAGAUUCUAAAGUAGAAUAAGCAUCUUAGUGGAAAUAAUAGAGAUUUGAACAUCUUGCAUGAUGCAUAUGGACUGAUUCAUAAUUUGGAAAAGUAAUUUGCAUAGUAGAAUAUAUGUAUGAACAUUAAAGCAAUAUGAAUGAAAGAAAAUAUAAUUCUUAGGAGAAAAAUG